AGUAAGUGGCGGUAAUGCAACAUUUAUUGGAUGCCAACCACCGUUAAACCUCAUCGAAGAAGAAGAAGGAAAAGGAGGAGGAGGCUAUGAUGAAAACGACCACACCUUCCCAUAUUGUGCAAUCUUGUUGGGGCGGAGUCGUUUCAAGAGGCGGUCAACCAACACAAGGAAAGCCACCCACAGCACUGGCUGCAUGAACUCGUAACUUGUAUUUUAACGAGAGUGAUUAUUAUUUGACUUCAUUUCUCCAGUCGAGGUUGAUCCGUAUUCCACCGCUGCCAUGUCGGAUUUAGAGAGACUGAAGAUGACGGGCGCUGGGAAAGCUAUCGCCUUGUUGACAAGUGGUGGAGAUGCACAAGGAAUGAAUGCAGCUGUCCGCGCUGUGACCCGGAUGGGGAUAUUUGUUGGAGCCAAGAUGUAUCUCGUAUAUGAGGGCUACCAGGGUCUGGUGGAUGGAGGGGACAACAUCAAGCUGGCCCACUGGCAGAGUGUCACCAACAUCAUACAGCAGGGUGGCACGGUGAUCGGCAGUGCUCGCUGUAAGGUGUUCACCACGAGGAACGGUCGCCUGGCAGCAGCCUUUAACCUGGUGAAGAGAGGCAUCACCAAUCUGUGUGUGUGUGGAGGAGACGGCAGCCUCACCGGAGCCAACAUCUUCAGGAGCGAGUGGAGUGGACUGCUGGCUGAAUUGGUUCAGAAAGGCCGGAUCACCGACACCCUAGCGAAACAGCAUGAUCACCUGAACAUCGUAGGGUUGGUUGGAUCUAUAGACAACGACUUCUGUGGGACAGACAUGACCAUAGGCGCUGACUCCGCUCUGCAUCGCAUCAUGGAGAUAGUGGACGCCAUCACUACCACCGCACAGAGCCACCAGCGUGCCUUUGUCCUGGAGGUCAUGGGACGGCACUGUGGGUAUCUAGCGUUGGUGUCCGCUCUGGCCUCCGGAGCAGACUGGCUCUUCAUCCCAGAGGCUCCACCAUUAGAGGGCUGGGAGGACCUCAUGUGUGCCCGCUUGGAGCAUAGUCGCAGUAAGGGCUCCAGACUGAACAUAGUAAUCAUCGCUGAAGGAGCCAUCAACAGAGCUGGUGAACCCAUCUCUUCAAGCUACGUCAAGGAUCUGGUAGAGAAGAGGCUGGGCUAUGACACCCGGGUCACUGUCCUAGGUCAUGUACAGCGAGGGGGAACACCCUCCGCCUUCGACCGGGUGCUGAGCAGUAAGGUAGGAGUGGAGGCUGUAGUCGCUCUGUUAGAGGCCACUCCAGAGACUCCGGCCUGUGUCAUCGGCCUGUCAGGAAACCAGGCUGUCCGCCUGCCUCUUAUGGAGUGUGUACAGAUGACUAAAGAGGUUCAGAAGGCCAUGAAUGAAAAGAGGUUUGAUGAAGCCAUCCAACUGAGAGGAAGGAGCUUCGAGAACAACUGGAACAUGUACAAACUGCUAGCCUUUCAGAAGCCUGCUGUUACCAAGAGCGACCACACGCUGGCGGUGCUGAAUGUGGGCGCUCCGGCAGCAGGGAUGAAUGCAGCGGUCCGCUCGGCUGUCAGGGUGGCGCUGGCCUACGGUCACAAGGUCUACUCUGUCAACGACGGCUUCGAGGGGCUGGCCAACGGCGCGGUGACAGAGAUGGAGUGGCAUGGUGUGGCUGGAUGGACAGGCCAGGGUGGAUCUCUUCUGGGGACUAAACGAACCCUUCCCAGUACCUGCAUGCAGAAGAUCGUGGACACCAUCAACAAGCAUAAAAUCCAGGCUCUGCUGAUCGUUGGGGGAUUUGAGGCGUACGAGGGCGUGCUGGAGUUAUAUGAUGCUCGUAGUAGUUUUGACGAGUUGUGUAUCCCCAUGGUGGUGAUCCCCGCCACCAUAAGUAAUAACGUACCCGGGACAGACUUCAGUCUGGGGGCAGACACGGCUGUCAAUGCUGCCAUGGAGAGUUGUGAUAAGAUUAAGCAGUCGGCUACGGGGACCAAGAGAAGGGUGUUCGUAGUGGAAACUAUGGGAGGCUACUGUGGUUACCUGGCAACCUACGCCGGUAUCGCUGUGGGAGCGGACGCUGCUUACAUCUUCGAGGACCCCUUCAACCUCCAGGACCUAAAGACUAACGUGGAGCAUCUCGCAGAGAAGAUGAAGGAAGACAUCCAGAGGGGUCUGGUGCUGAGGAAUGAGAAGUGUCACCUUCACUACACCACUGAUUUCAUCCACAAGCUGUAUUCUGCCGAAGGGAAGGGCAUCUUCGACUGUAGGGUCAACGUGCUGGGGCACCUCCAGCAGGGAGGUGCACCAACACCCUUCGACAGAAACUGUGGCACCAAGCUGGGUGUGAAGGCUGUGCAGUGGCUCACAGAGAAGAUGAUCAACAACUUCAGACAAGGUCGUGUGUUCGUCAACGACCCAGACACAGCGUCUGUCAUCGGCUUCAGUAAGAAGGUCCUGUCCUUCAUCCCUGUGACUGACCUUAAGGCACAGACUGACUUUGAGCACCGGAUGCCCAAGGUCCAGUGGUGGCAGAACCUGCAUCAGAUUCUGAAGAUGUUGGCCAAGCACCAGACCAGCUUCAGCGAGUACGUCCCUGGAGAGAUGGAACAUGUGACCCGACGCUCUCUCAGCAUAGACACCGGCUUCUAGAACACAUACUAACCUGGACUAUAGACACUGGCUUCUAGAACACAUACUAACCCUGGACUGGAGACACUGGCUUCUAGAACACAUACUAACCUGGACUACCUAGACAUCAGGCCCUUGUUAUAUCUGUACUGUGUAACAUGUCGUCUAGUACACCAGAUAAAACCGCUGUGUAACAUGUCGUCUAGUACACCAGAUAAAACCGCUGUGUAACAUGUCGUCUAGUACACCAGAUAAAACCACUGUGUAACAUGUCGUCUAGUACACCAGAUGAAACCACUAUUUGGUCUAUACUGGUUUAAAGGCUAUUCUGAUCACUAUUUGGUCUAUACUGGUUUAAAGGCACCUUAUUCUUUGCAAUUGUAAUGAAAAUGUUGUGUUGUGUGACAAUCAAGCUGUCUUGUCAUCUUGUGGGACCAACACAUUUACGUUUUGUGGGACCAACACAUUUACGUUUUGUGGGACCAACACAUUUACGUUUUGUGGGACCAACACAUUUACGUUUUGUCAUCUUGUGGGACCAACACAUUUACGUUUUGUCAUCUUGUGGGACCAACACAUUUACGUUUUGUGGGACCAACACAUUUACGUUUUGUGGGACCAACACAUUUACGUUUUGUGGGACCAACACAUUUACGUUUUGUCAUCUUGUGGGACCAACACAUUUACGUUUUGUCAUCUUGUUGGACCAACACAUUUACGUUUUGUCAUCUUGUGGGACCAACACAUUUACGUUUUGUCAUCUUGUGGGACCAACACAUUUACGUUUUGUCAUCUUGUGGGACCAACACAUUUACGUUUUGUCAUCUUGUGGGACCAACACAUUUACGUUUUGUGGGACCAACACAUUUACGUCUUGUUGGACCAACACAUUUACGUCUUGUUGGACCAACACAUUUACGUCUUGUUGGACCGACACAUUUACGUCUUGUUGGACCAACACAUUUACGUCUUGUGAUCUUGUGGGACCAACACAUUUACGUCUUGUGGGACCAACACAUUAAUUUUUGUGGGACCAACACAUUUACGUUUUGUCAUCUUGUGGGACCAACACAUUUACGUUUUGUCAUCUUGUUGGACCAACACAUUUAUGUUUUGUCAUCUUGUGGGACCAACACAUUUACGUCUUGUGGGACCAACACAUUUACGUUUUGUGAUCUUGUGGGACCAACACAUUUACGUCUUGUCAUCUUGUGGGACCAACACAUUUACGUUUUGUGGGACCAACACAUUUACGUUUUGUGAUCUUGUGGGACCAACACAUUUACGUCUUGUGGGACCAACACAUUUACGUCUUGUGGGACCAACACAUUUACGUCUUGUGGGACCAACACAUUUACGUCUUGUGGGACCAACACAUUUACGUCUUGUGGGACCAACACAUUUACGUCUUGUGGGACCAACACAUUUACGUUUUGUUAUCUUGUGGGACCAACACAUUUACGUCUUGUCAUCUUGUUGGACCAACACAUUUACGUUUUGUCAUCUUGUGGGACCAACACAUUUACGUUUUGUGGGACCAACACAUUUACAUUUUGUCAUCUUGUGGGACCAAUACAUUUACGUUUUGUCAUCUUGUGGGACCAACACAUUUACGUCUUGUGGGACCAACACAUUUACGUUUUGUUAUCUUGUGGGACCAACACAUUUACGUCUUGUCAUCUUGUUGGACCAACACAUUUACGUUUUGUCAUCUUGUGGGACCAACACAUUUACGUUUUGUGGGACCAACACAUUUACAUUUUGUCAUCUUGUGGGACCAAUACAUUUACGUUUUGUCAUCUUGUGGGACCAACACAUUUACGUUUUGUCAUCUUGUUGGACCAACACAUUUACGUCUUGUCAUCUUGUGGGACCAACACAUUUACAUUUUGUCAUCUUGUUGGACCAACACAUUUACGUUUUGUCAUCUUGUGGGACCAACACAUUUACGUUUUGUCAUCUUGUUGGACCAACACAUUUACGUUUUGUCAUCUUGUGGGACCAACACAUUUACGUCUUGUUGGACCAACACAUUUACAUUUUGUCAUCUUGUGGGACCAACACAUUUACGUCUUGUUGGACCAACACAUUUACGUUUUGUCAUCUUGUAGGACCAACACAUUUACGUUUUGUCAUCUUGUGGGACCAACACAUUUACGUUUUGUCAUCUUGUGGGACCAACACAUUUAUUCAUUUAUUUUACCUGUUAUUUAACCUGGUAUUGCCAUGUUUGUGCCUACAUGUAAACCUGAACAAAUCACUGACAUCUAUACAGUCAAUGUAGAACACUGGAAAUCAGCUAUUACUAUUCUGGAUGUGUCUGUCUGUACAAGAUGUGUGGAAUAGCAAUAGUCGCCAAAAUAGAAAUGUGAAUUAAUGUCAUUGUGAUUAAAGAUGCAAUAUAAAGUAAUGUCAUAAAUAAAAACAUUUGAAAGUUC